AUGCCGAACACCUCCGAUUAUCACCCCGCAAAGCUACUUCCCACCUACGAGACCCAGCCUGAAGCCGCCAGGAUGAGAGAAGUCUAUGUCGAGGACGAUGGCGAGGAUUCAAACCGCUACUAUGACUUCAACUACCAGGCAUAUGACGCGCAGAGCGCCGCCGGACAGCCUCUGCAGUGGCACGGCAUUGAGCUGACGCCCAUGCUCGUCGGCACGACACUCUGCGGUGUCUUUGCGCUGUGGGUUAUCUGGGCAGCACUCCGCUGA